AGCCUAAGGUGCGGGCCUGUCAUGUGACCGGCGUUGGUUCUCGGGGAUGGAGGCGGAAGGCGAGACGCCGCCGCUGUGGCGGCUGCAGAAGUUGCCUUCGGAGCAGGGCGCCCCGCUUCUUCACAAAAUAAUUGAUGGCAUGUGUGGUCGAGCUUACCCUGCCCACCAUGAUUAUCACAACGUUUGGGAUUUGACUGAAUGGAAGCUCGUUCUGGAAGAUGUGAGCAUGUUUUUCAAAGCUGUAGUUGGCAAAAACUUUUCAGAUGAAGAGACACUCCAGCAAUUGAACCAACUGAAUUCAUGUCAUCAAGAAGCAGUUAUGAAGUGCUUAAAGAGCAGGAAAAAUGAGAUCAAGCAGGCCUUGUUGGGAGAAAUAGUUGAUAUUUCUUGUGCACAGCUACAGGAUUUUGAUUGGCAGUUAAAGCUCGCGCUUUCAAGUGACAAGAUCGCCACUUUACAGAUGCCACUUUUAAACCUUCACUUGGAUGUGAAGGAGAAUGGUGAAGUGAAACCAUACUCUAUUGAAAUGAGUAAAGAGGAGCUGCAGAGUCUAAUCAGUUCCUUGGAGGCAGCUAAUAAGGUGGUCCUGCAGUUAAAAUAACUGGAAAUAGUGAAUUUCAACACUACCAGAUUUCACUGCUGCUACAUGGCAAAGCGAAGGAUGUGUCCGAGGGUGGAUGCUACAGCAGGAGCAAUGCUGAGCUGACAGAGAUGAAGACCUGUCAGCACCCUAAAGAACAGGAAACUGUGUGGCUGAUAGGGAAUAUGUAAAAUGAAAGGUGAAAAGCUGAAGUCAACAAUGAUAUGAUUGUUUCGUUUUAUUUCAAUGCCAAUAUUAAGACUGUAUAAUUUGUGAUAUGGGAAAGUGUUUUAAAGCACCUAUCAGCUGCAUAUGGAACUCACUAGGGGUCUCCUAUCUUUCCAUGUUUCAAAGAAAAGGUUUUUAAGUUGUAAGAAAGCUGUCACUGAUGGUGCGAUGUACAUGUUGUUACUCACAUGCAAGUUCGUUUUUGUUUGUUCUUAAUAUGGAAUUUGUAUGGUCACAAAUUAAUUGUAAUAUAAACCGUUUUUUCAUCUCAGCUAACUUUAAAAAUGAGCAUUCUGAACAAAUAAAGUGUCUGGUUUUA